GGCUAACGUCAGCUAGUAUCAGCGUUGGCAUGGCUAGCAUGUUAUGCUAAUUAUUCCACAACCCCAAUGCAACAGAAAUAGCAUAUGUGAAGUUGCUAGCACGUCCUCCGUGAUGCCAGCGGACUGUUGUCAGUUUAAAGUCAAGCGGCAGCGGCACCGAAGAAGACUGAAAUCAUGAGAGGGUUAGAGGGUUGCAAGCUGGCUCAUUUAACGUUACACUGGGCAUUGUCCGUCUGCCACAGAAACAUUUGCUAACGUUAGCUUUUGGGCAAAGGGCGUGAAAGCUGGCAUCACUGGUGGCUCGCCUGCAGCGCUGACACGAGCGACAGAUUUGUGCUCUCACUGCAGGCCCUAUAGUCAGCAAAACAAAAACACAUGGAGGGAAAAGAGUUACCUAUGGACAAUGGUCAAAUUUAGAACUGGGACAAUAUAGAGACGGGAGUUUGGUUUGCAGCGGGAAUAUCUGGUACAUGCAGCCUGUGGUUAAGGCAGCAGGAUGUCUGAGUUCAGCGAGGAGCCGCGCUUCACUAUUGAGCAGAUAGAUCUGCUGCAGCGGCUGCGUCGCACUGGCAUGACCAAGCAGGAGAUCCUGCAUGCACUUGACACUCUGGACCGGCUGGACCGGGAGCACGGCGACAAGUUUGGCCGCCGCACCUCUUCUUCCUCCUCCUCCUCCUCGUCCUACGGAGUAGGCGGGGCAAACAGCUGCACCAACAACUCUGCCUCCAACACAACUACCACAUCUUUCAACAAUAACAACACUGCCUCGGCAACCACCACCUCUUCCGUGUCAUGCAACGGCAGCAACAGCGCCAUCAAUAGUGGCGAGGGAAGCGCUGGCGAUCACUCUGCGGCCGCCGCCUCCUCCACGACCUCCAAAAUCUCCACCGCCACGCAGACGCAGUUCGGCAGCGCUGGGGGACUCUCACCGUCUCCUAGCAACAGCUACGACACCUCCCCGCCACCGGGGCCACCACCGCCCUCCGCUAUCCUGCCAUCCCCUGUCUCCUUGGUGGCGCUGUCACAGAACGGGCGUGAUAGCUUAGCUGCUACACCCAACGGGAAGCUAUCCCCUCCACGAUAUCCUGUGAACAGCGCUGCUGCGGCGCGCGCUUUUGGGUUUGAAGCUACAGAAGAAGAUCUGGACAUCGAUGACAAGGUGGAGGAACUGAUGAGGAGGGACAGCAGUAUGGUGAAGGAGGAGAUCAAAGCGUUCCUGGGGAACAGGAGGAUCUCUCAGGCAGUCGUGGCACAAGUUACCGGCAUCAGCCAGAGCAGGAUCUCCCAUUGGCUGCUGCAGCAUGGCUCCGACUUGAGCGAGCAGAAGAAGAGAGCCUUCUACCGUUGGUACACGCUGGAGAAAACCACACCAGGUGCCACCCUCAACAUGCGGCCAGCUCCGUUGCCUCUGGAGGAGAUGGAGUGGAGGCAAACCCCGCCCCCCCUCACCACUGCCCCCGGUACCUUCCGGCUGCGUCGGGGAAGUCGCUUCACUUGGAGGAAAGAGUGCCUGGCUGUGAUGGAGAGCUACUUCAACGACAACCAGUACCCAGAUGAGGCCAAACGGGAGGAGAUUGCAAAUGCCUGCAAUGCUGUUAUUCAGAAACCAGGGAAGAAGCUGUCUGAUCUGGAGAGGGUCACCUCCCUGAAAGUUUACAACUGGUUUGCCAAUCGUCGCAAAGAGAUCAAGAGACGGGCUAACAUUGAAGCCACAAUCCUGGAGAGUCAUGGGAUAGACGUCCAGAGUCCUGGAGGACACUCCAACAGCGAUGACAUUGAUGGGAAUGACUUCUCAGAGCAGGCCUGUGACCUGCCCUAUUUUGACAAGAGACCUCUCAGCCGACCAUUUGGCCUUUACCGACUGGAGCCCACCUCACCAACACAGGAUGACAGCGCAGCGCACAGCGAGCACCAGGACCCCAUCUCUCUCGCUGUAGAGAUGGCUGCUGUCAACCACACCAUCCUGGCCCUGUCCAGAACCGGAGGGGUCCCCAAUGACAUCAAGACGGAGUCCCUGGAGGACGAAUGAACUGCACAGGAACUGGGAUGGAGGAAGCAGCCGAGAGAAAUGACAGAGUCAAGACGAGAAAGGGAAGAAGAAAAGGUGGGAAACGAUGGGGAGGGGCUAAAAAAAGAGACUAAAAUAAUGCUUCUUAGUAAACCUUCUGAAUCUGUCCCUCAGCUAGGCCCCCUGCCAACUGUUCCCUCUCUCUCGGCUUCCCUCCUCCCACAAAGUCCGUGUAAACAGUAAUUACCCACCACCCCCACCCCACCCUUCCCAAUAUAUUGACACAGCUUGCGGAAAUGGGUCACUGUAUGUCCUCUAAUCUCUGUGAAAAUGUUCCACGGAAAGAAGAAAAGGGGGGCAAUCCAAGCCUUUAACCCCCAAAACGGUGGCUCUCGUCUGGGAUUGCGCCUCCCAGGAACUCCCCUCUCUUCCGUCAAUACACUUUCUCCUCACAGGAUACCUCUUCUCUUUCCUCUCUUCUUCCUCACUCCCCCUCUCCUUCCCUCUCCAGCCUGGUUGUCUGAGCCGAUCCUCAGUCUAUCUCACCUCAACGUCAACCUCAGAAAAAUAACGUGUACUGUAUAUAUAAUAUAUAUAUAUAUAUGGUUCUUAUGGUUCUCAGUCACACUCACCUCAUGGUGUGGUACAUACCUACCUAACUACCCCUCAGAAUUCACCCUUGUCAUUGUGCAAUUCAUCGAAAGAGCAGUCUCCAGCCAUCUUGGGAAAAAUGGACGGAGAGAAUUUCUUUCUCUCCUUCUCUGGCACUGAGGCUGUCAGAAAGGAUCAUAUCGGCAGACAGAACUGUCCAGUCACUGUCUUCACCCUCUAUAGUUAACAUUCCUCUGUGGAAUGGCCUUUUGUUUUCCUACAGUAGAGCUGCUGUUGGAUGAAAACCUUGAAAAAGUAGCCUUAAUUUCAUACAGACAGCCAGACCUUUACUUUGUGCCGUAUACAGCAGGUUUAUUUCCUUACAAGGAACAACAAUAAACUUUUUAGUAUGCAUUAAUAAGUACCAGAAUUAAUGUAAAGGUUUAUAUCCAACAGCAGUAGUAAUUUUACUUCUGACACAUGCAUUUCCCUUUAUGUUUUUAGUCCAACUGGCGACUGGAUAUACAAUCAUUUUGCCUUGGUAUUUAGCUUCCCAGUGACACUAUUGUUAAGUACUCGAGGCUAUGAGAAUCAAUUUAGGGUCAAUGUGAUAAUCAAGCAAACUUAAGCUAUCUAAUAAGGGGAAUUGUGCUUUGUUUUAAAUGUCAUCAAUGCCAAAGGAAAAGAUGCUCGGAGCAAAAAGCUAAGAGGCUAAGCUAAGGCUGAUCUGAAAACGGCGUUCACAUUCAUCCAAAGUGAUUUCUACUAACUCCUUUGGUAUAUGUAGUCGUUUUCUCACAUUCAGUGAAGCUUCUCGAGCCAGUGUGGCUUCGUAUGUGGGCCUGACACUACAGCAGGCCUAUGUCAGUAAAGAUAGGUAUUAGCAGCCAGAUAUAAUGAUAAAAUACCCUUAAGCUAUUUACUACUUGUUCUGUGACGCUGCCUCUUUAUAAUAGCCUAAAGAAUGUGCUUUCAGAAGACUUUUUAAUAUCAGUGGUAUCAAAUUAGACUAAAUUCACACUGGAAAUGGUUUAGAGUAUAACAGAGAAAUUUCUGGGGUGUUUUGUUUGUUUUUAUUACAUCUGUAAAGCCUCAAUGGUCAAAGCACCACUUUGAAGGGAAUCAGACUCAAAGACACUUGGAGUGUUAUAUAGGAAAUCAUUAUCCACUAUUUUAUUUUGUGUUUUUUGUUCUUUUUUGCCCUGGGUGGAAAUUUUCCAAAACCAUCUUUGACUGAAGGUCAUUGUAAUGUCAUAAGCAGAGAUAAAACAAUGUGUUCUUUAAAAGUAUAUCAGUGUUUUUGGGGGUCAGUAAUUAAGUAUUAGCGCUUUGUCAGUUGAAGACAGAUACCCUCAAAUUUUACCUUAGGGUGAAGAGGAUAAAAUAGUUUGAGUAUUUUGGGAAAUAUGAUUACUGACUUUUUUGCCAUGAGCUAGGCAAUAAGAUUGAUGCCACUCUCAUUUCUGUAUGCUAAGCUAAGACUAGGAGACCAUUAGCUUAGCUUAGCACAAAGACUGUAAAAAGGGCCUGAUGGCGUCCAAAGGUAAAACCCUACCAGCUAGCACCUCUAAAGCUCAUUUAGUGUUUUGUUUUAUUAAAGCUGUACAAAAAUGAAAUGUAAAAAUGACAAGUUGUGGUUUUAUGGUUGGUUACACGCUAAAAACAUUUUAUUGGCCAGACACAGUAACUUCCUGCCCGUUUUUAUACUACUUUAUCGUGUUAAUUAGUGAACUUUUGACCAUUCCUGCUAGUGAGCAGAUAUUUUCACCAUGGGACAGAAGCAGGCCAGGUGUUUCCUCCUACUUCCAGUUUUUCUGCUAAACUAAGCUGUCGCAUGGUUCACAUUUAGUUUAAAGCAUAUAACCCCUGAAAAACCAUAAAUUGUUGUUUGUACAGUUCAGUUUUUUUAUACGGUUCGUUUCCCCUGCUUCCAAUUUUUGUGCUAUACUAAGCUAACAGUACUGGCUUUAGCUUCACAUUUAGCCUACAACCGUAAGUGGUAUUGAUCUUUUUGACAAAAUUUUGGCAAGUAAACAUAUCUCCCUAAAUGUCAAACAGUUUCUGUAAAGGAACCCCUGCCUUUGUGAUGGUUUUGGAGAACUUGGAAAAUAUUCUACCAAGCAGGAUUAAACAAAGCAGUCAACCAGGAACUCUGAGAAAGAAACCUAAUGCUAUUCCUCAUAUUUUUAUGGUCAGACAUAGACACUGGUGACGUAUCAAACAGUCUGCUAUCUGGAUCCUGACAGUAGAAUAGCUUCCAGCCCUGGGCUCUAGUCUAGUAAAGCUCUAUUUAAUUCUACUGCUUCUGGGUGUACGAAGCCGUGAUACAGUGACUCAGUACUGGGACCUGUGUUUCAAAAAGAAAGGGUUUAAAGAUAAAAACAAUAUGUAUUUAUACUCAUUUUUUAUGGUAAUGUACAAAAAAAGAAUGACAUAUGUUUUGAAAUGAAACAUGCUUUUAUUGUUAAUCAUGCUUUUUAAGUUCUUCUGACUUAUUUUUCUAUUAUCACUUAAACUUCUUUUUUUUUUUUGAGUCAUCCUUUAUUUGACUGAACAACAGUCUCCCCGUUUGUGUCUGAGCUAGUAAGCUAUUUUGUGAAAGACAAAAAUUAUGCACCUUAUGAAAAUUAAGUAUCCCUAUUGAUUAAGCUUGAAAUGUAACCUUCCCUCCCCCCAGGCCUUCCUUUGAAAAGACAAACUUUAAUAUACAAUAAAGGGGCUGGUGUUAAAAAACAUUUCAGUACAGCUGCUUCCAACACCAUAUCAUAUUAAAUCAAAGCCCCAGUAUGUGCUGUUCACUCUUAAAAAUGUCACACCAAACUUCAUAGUGAAAUCUAGCAUUUUGAUAUUCCUUUUUGCAAACACAAGGCAUAAUUAACAAAAUAUGGUUUGGAGAAAUAGUUGGAUUUGUAAUGACAAGUAUAAUGACAUUAAUUCUUACUAGUUACUGAUGUAUGGUUAGGUUUAUGUAAGUCACUAGAAACAAUGAAAUUGUGUUUGGAUUUCACAGUAUGGUGAAAUGUGUAUAUCAGGAAUUGUUUGACAAGAACUUAUGAAAAUGGCAAAAUGGAACCAACAGCCUAAUUCACUGUAGAUUUGAUCACUGAAACAAAAAACCAAAAGGUGAACUAUUCUUUUAAAGAAAUGAUUCACACUACUCCCUUGCCACAGAGUGUAUGUUGAUAAAAUGCUAUUUUCUACUGAUAUGAUUUUUUUCAUGGAGUUUGGUGUGACAUUCUCUCCCCAUACAAAGAAUACUGUAUGUUAGAAAUUGUGAAAUAAGUUGUGUGGAAGGAAAAGACUAUGGAGUGCAUUUAGAGAUUAUUCUCUCAGUAUAACACUUUUAAAUGAAAUGCCUUGUGUUUGAGAGAUGCCAUGGCCCAAUUAGUACAAGUUUUAAUCCAGCAGUAUUUUAUGUGAGAGUUCAAGCUUGACAGAAAUAUUUAUGUGAUGGAAGAAAGAACCCUCAGGUGCUCAGAAGUAAAGAUUCUGUGCUUUUCCAGGAGAAAACUGGAAACAGAUUAACCUGAAAAACAGACUGAAACCUGAAAACAGGCUUUCCCCACCCGAUGUUGUGCAUACUCUAUUGGUGGUGCUUACUCUGAAGGGGUGUCCUCUUGUGGUGUGUCAGGGUCAACAUGUCUACAUGUCCUUCUGUGUCCCCAGUGAAACACCAUCCACUUCAUCCCAAUAUAGCUCCGAAAAAGAGGACUGAAUGCUGUUGUAUCAAUCUCCAAUCUAGUUAUGUUCAAAAUUACUGUAUUGCCCAUUUCAGAAUUUAGUGCCUUUUUUGGACAGUAGACUGUUCUGUAAUUAAGAUGUAGUAUAUAUACAUUUUUUUGUACAGUUUCUUUGUUCAUUUUUUUAACUUGUGUUUAUUUUAGUAUGAUAUAUAUAAUGUACAAGAGAAUAAAGCUAUAUCAAUGAGA